AUGUCUGCAGAAUCAAAACACCCAGGAGAACUCUCUCUGGCCAAACUCCUAGCCACACUCUCCACGAAACUACACCCGACAACCUAUGUAUUUGCCGUCAUCAAGGACGAAUCCAAGCUGCCGCCCUUCUCCGAGGUGGAUAUGCUAUUCCGCGAAGCCGACUCAGAAGGCAUUACCGUUAUCGCGUCUCGCGAAUAUGCAGAGGCCCAUGGCAUAGAAUACUUCUUCCCCUGUAGGAAAAUUACGCUCGAUGUCACAUCUAGCCUCGAAGCAGUUGGGUUUAUUGCCGUUGUGGCUACGAGACUUGCUGCGAGUAAUAUGGGAGUGAAUCCUAUAAGUGGCUUCUACCACGAUCACCUCUACGUGCCCGAUGGAAGAGAGGAGGAUGCGGUUAGGAUUAUUGCAGAGUUGGCUGAAGAGAAGAAAGGGGAAACUGGAAUUAAUUAG